UACGUUCUUUUUUUCACAAGUAAUUUCCAUUCUAUUUUAAUAAUAUUCAUUAAUUGCGAAAAAUAAACUCUCCUUAUAUAGUUUAGGGUGCCAAUUAUACCUGUCCUUUUAAUAUUGCAUAUUUUUUACCCAUCUAAAGUGAAAUCGAGGACAGUUGGCAGAUAUGACCGCAUAAAUAGGGACCCCGUCCUCGCCGCACCUUUCCUCUCUGGCCGGCGUUCCCGUUACGCCCGUAGUCAUGUUGCACGAGCAGAUAGAGGAGUACAUCGACGUGAGCCGGGAGAUUAUCAAAGUCAUGGUGUCGGAUACCGCAGCGGGGGUGCUGAAGAAGAGUCUGGAGCGUCAGGAGUCCAUGAUCGAUGCUCUCCUAGAAACCGAGACGGAGGCCUCACAGCUCAUCAGAGCUCUCAUGUCGGUGGAAGAAGAGGUGGCCCAGACCCUUCUGGACACGGAGGAAACGAAACAGAAAAGCUUAUCCAAACUGCAGAAAAUCGAGAAGGAGCUGCAGGACACGAGUGAGAAGAACAUGUCCCUGCAGACCAGCAUCAAAUUUUUACAAAAAGAGCUUGAAGACGUGAGGGCCAUGGAGAAGGAGAUUGCUGAGAUUCACCGAGAAGCCGAUGAAGAUACCACGGUGGUCAUACCGUCGGCACUGUAUUUGGCAAAACUGUUUCAUAACGUAACAAAGAUUGAUUGGGAUUACAGCUGCGACUCCACGCUCAUCAAAGGCAUCCACUAUGGAGGAGACAUUGCUCAGCCCAUCAGCAUUGACAGCACCCAGCACUCCAAGAUUUUCAUCUGUGACUACCUGUGGAGCCUUUUGUCCACCGAAUGGUGACAGCCCCACCACUACCUAUGUCUGGACAUAUAUUAGCCUUUAUCCUCCCCGAAUACAGAAGUGGAACACCUCCGCC